AUGCCCGUCUGGGCUCGUGACGUCAGCGCGCGCGCUCCUGCGGAUGGAUGGCAGCGGAGACACAGCAGAGGAUGAGGAGGAGAUGAGCUGAAGUCAGAGAGGAAGAACAGCUUCUUAUCUCGCGCAGACGGCGUCAUGCUGGAUCUUUCACGCCCCCUACUGGCCGUUUGCCUGUACCUGCUGCUGCCCAGGGGCCACAGCGGGACCCUCGGCUACGACAACGGCUUUUACUACCAGGACCUCAGAAACGGGAACGGAAACGGAGAAAUUUAUUUCAACGGGAUCCGUCUUCAUGUGGAAUCGCACCAGCAUUUGGUGUCAGCCACCAGGGGGAGCAGUGUCACCCUCCCUUGUCACUACCGCUACGAACCUGAACCGACCGAACCGCGCAGGACCCGGGUCAAAUGGUCCUGGUUGCCCGCCAACACCAUCACCUCAAACGAAGCCUUCCCCUUGGAAACAGAAGUUAUGGUCGCCAUGGGCAACCGUCACCGCAGCUACGGUAGCUUCAGAGGCCGCGUGCGUCUUCGUCGCUCAGCUCCGGGGGACAUGUCUCUGGUGAUUAACGAGCUGCAGCUGAACGACACCGGGCGGUACCGCUGUGAGGUGAUUGACGGCCUGGAGGACGAGAGCGUGACGGUGGAGCUGGAAAUGAGGGGAGUUGUAUUUCCCUAUAACUCCCCAAAAGGACGCUACCAUCUGAACUUCUUUGGGGCCCGGCAGGUAUGUCUGGAUCAAGAUGCCACCCUGGCCACAUUAGAACAGCUGCUCACAGCCUGGGAGGACGGGCUGGACUGGUGCAAUGCUGGUUGGUUGGCCGAUGGCACGGUGCAGUAUCCCAUCACUGUCCCACGGCACGGCUGUGGGGGGCGAAGUUUAGCUCCUGGUUUACGCAGCUAUGGACAAAAACACCGCCUCUUGCAUCGAUACGAUGCUUUCUGCUUCUCAGCUGCUAUUAAAGGGGAUGUUUACUACUUAAGCUACCCAGGGAUGCUAAACUUCACAGAAGCAGCUCAGGUUUGUGCCACAGAUGGAGGUCAGGUGGCUAAAGUGGGCCAGCUGUAUGCGGCAUGGCAGCUAAAGGGAUUGGACCGCUGCGAUGCAGGCUGGUUGGCGGAUGGAAGUGUUCGUUAUCCAAUCAGAAAACCCCGCGCUAACUGUGGUCCAAAACAGCCAGGGGUGCGUAGCUUUGGAUUCCCAGCUCCACACAGGAAAUUUGGUGUAUACUGCUAUAAAUAGGCGCUGUGACUCAGAACAAGCCUGGAUCUAAAUUGGCAGAAAAACAAAGUCUAUAAUUCUGUUUCUUCUCUUUAUAAGACAUUUUUCUUGUUAGCAUCGAACUGUCCUGCUAAAUAAUUUUCAUCCCUUCAGUUAGAGCUCUGCUGGAGCAUUGUAGACUGAAGGUGAGAGAACAAUUAAAAAUGGUCUUUGUACCGUUCAAACUUUUUAUGUGAAUAUUUUGACCAUAGCUUGUGCAGCACGACAUCAAAUAAUUGUUUUAAAUACUUGUUCAAUCAUCCACAUCACUGUCAGUCAGGUAAAAGUGUUUGCUAGGAUGUAUUUGGACAAAACCUCGCAAAUGUAAGAACAUUUCUUCUGAUGGUGUCACAAUAUAACCACAAAAUCUACUCAGUUUUAUUGGGAUUCUAUGAUAGACUCAGGUUAGUAUUAGUAACUAGUUACAUUUACUCUUUUAGGUUUAUUUGACUAACUUUUACCCAAGUACAGCUACUCCUAAAAAAAAAAAAAAAUUUCUGGAGUAGUUAUACUUUACUGUACUUUUUACCUUUACUUCAGUAAUAUUCCAGUGAGAUUUAGCUUUUACUUACUGGAGUAAAACCACCACAAGUAUAAUGACAUAUUUGUAGAUCGAGCAGAAAACAGUAGAAAUUGUCGCUGGAAUUUAUUUAUUCUUUCCUAAUAUAAAUCCAUAACUCACUGUAAAGAUUAGUUUUUAUAAGUUUAUAUUUUGAAAAAAAUCUUUGGAGAGUGCUUUUUCUGUCCAAAUUUGUUAAUUUGCAAUGAUUGUAUUUAUUUGUAUUUUUAUUUUAUGUUAUAUUUCUCUGCCUGAUUACAUUUUAAACAUUAAACUAGAUGUUAGGGCCCAACAAUUACUCAGUACUUUAAAUGUCAUUUUGCCAAGUGCUUUUUAUCUUACUUAAAGGGGAACACCGUUUUUUUUUUACAUUGG